AUGAAACCAACAAAAACAAAAAUUAAAAGUAUCUUAAUCAUAACUUUAAUUAUUUCUUGCAUCAAAUGCAAUGAUAUAAGUGAUACACUUUAAUGGAACGAUAGUAUAAAUACCUAAUCUAUUUAGUAUAUUCCAAAUGUGUAAUAUCUAGGAUAGGGCUACAAUAUUUUUACUUCAAACCCUCAUUCUUCAUAAGGUCUUGAUCCUGGUUACAAAAAUAUUGCAGCUAUUAAUUUAACAUAUACUGAUAACCUUUGGUAAAAUGUAAAUCCCGAAAGAACUUACUUUGUGCCUAAUGGUGUUUUUCUAUCUUAGCAAAAAAGUUGCACCAUGUCUUUUACUGCAAGAUAAGUUGCUUCUAUGAUGGACUACACAAGCAGCUUGGAAGCUUCAGUUUCUAUUAAGGGAACCUUUUUUGGUGGUAGAUUCAGAGCUAGUGUUGAUUACUAAGACAUGCAAAACGAUAUGGAAAGUGGUGAGUAUUAAUAUAUAGUUUCUCAUUCAAGUUGUUCUGUUUUCCAACUAGAUUUAAUUGAUUCUCCUACUUAUCAUGCUCAAUUUACUAAUGACAUUUUGAUGGAUUUUUAAAAUCUUAUCUCAAUCUAAGGCAACAGUAGUAAUACAGAAGCUAAUGCUUAUUAUGAUUUCUUCGACAAAUGGGGUACACAUGUUGUCUCCUCUGUUAAUUUAGGCUCUCUCUUUGGUUAUAAAUUCUAAUUACUCACUUCUGACAUCUAAAGCAUGAAUAAUUAAGGGAUAGAUGUUUCUGCAAGUGCAACUAUAUUCAAUGUGAGAGGUAGAACUAACACUCAGAUAGAAUAGAAUAAUUUGGAUAAUUUUAGCUAAUCAAUCCAAAAAUGGACUUCUUAUUCGAUUGGAGCCACUCCUGAUGUAAAUAAUGAUCCUGCAAAUUGGGCUUCUCAAACUCUAACGAAACCGAUGCCAAUCAAGAGUUCAAUAACUCCUUAUCACGAGGCUCUUAAUAUUUUCACUUAAGGUAACAAUAGUAUUUUGCAAAGUUCUCAAAUAUUAUAGCUCUAUUAUAAACUGAGAUUAUAUGGAAACUCAUACUGCUCUUAGAGAUUGUUGCCAAACGGAUAAAUAGAUUAAUGCAAUAGCAAUAGUUAAAGUGAUUAUAAUUUUAGCUAAUAAGAAUAAACAGUAACUUAUUAUGAUGUAUCUCUCUUAGACAUCACAAGAACUUAAAUAGCUGCCUAUUACUAGAAUGCAACAACUUUCAACACACAGCUUUAACUUUCUCCUAUUGAGAAUACAAUUGGAUAUAGAUUUUUCUUCAAAAAUAACAAUCAAAUUUUAAACGGCUAAGUAACAUAUUAUGUCAGUAUAGUUGCUACUGCUGGUAAUAACAUGUGUUUGGUAGGAAAUCCAACUCUUGGUGAGCCAGCAACAAUUAGUGGUUGCCCAAAUAAUGAUAACGCAACUUUUUCUUAUAUUGCGUAUGAUGACAAUAUAUUUAGUUUGCAAUUUAAGAGCGAUCCAACAAAAUGUUUAGGAUUUGACAGCUAAGGGAUUCUUAGAACAAUGGUAACUGAUUCUUGUUUCGAAUGUCAAGUAAUAGAAUUAAUACAAAACACUCAAACUAAAAAGAAUUCUUGA